AUGAGCAACGAACUGCCAGAGAGAAGGAAAAGCAAGCGCCUUGCGUCGACCUACGACGAGCACGAUGGCGAUUUUCACUUCUCACGCGGUUCGAAGUCGAAGCGUGCUAAAAAUGCGCAACCCGAGCCGGAGCCCGAACCAGAACCAGAACCCGAAACCGCACCGUUGCCGGUCAAAAAGUCGGGAAGAGGAAGACCGCCAAAGGCACGCGCCUCGACGACAGCGGCGCCUGAGCCAACACCCGUGAAAGAACCGACCGUUAAAAAGGCAGCGGCCUCUUCGAAGGGCAAGACGCGACGGACAGCGAAUUUGGAGGUUGUCGAGGAGGAUGAGCCGCAAUUGGUUGCGCCUGCGCCUGCGCCUGCGCCUAAGCGGUCAACGCGCCGGAGUACGCGCAAUUCGACGCACACAACAGAGCAGGAGCAAAAGCCGAUACCCAGGCGUGCAUCCAGGCCAGCACCCAGACCAGCGCCUAUACCUGAUGAAAGCCACGACGAUGUGGAGAUGUCAGAACCGAUGGACGUCGAUAGGCGGUCUUCACCACGCAUCUUGAAUGAUUCGGUCGAGUCAGCAAAGAUUGCGCUUCCAGUCAGCGACACGCCGGUGAUUAACCGCAACAAAGAGAUGAGGAAGAAGGGCGGAGGUAACCGCCGAAGCAGUACUGGUAUGCGGGGCCGCAGGGCAAGCUCACUCAUCGAGAGCGGUCACAACGCGAUACCUCAUCGAGAGGUCGCAACGGCGGAGUUCUACAAGCACAUCGAGUCGGAGGGUCUUAUGGAGCCGCGGCGAAUGAAGCAGCUGUUGACGUGGUGCGGUGAGAGGGCGCUGUCAGAGAAGCCACCGCACGGGAAGACAGGUUCCAAUGCGGUUCUGGGUGCUCGGUAUAUUCAAGAGCAGCUCCUGAAAGACUUCUCCUCCAAGUCAGAAUUUUCGGACUGGUUUAGUCGAGAAGAGGGUCCGAGAGCACCCGUGGUGUACAAGCCCAACCCACGCAAUAUUGAACACCAAGAGAAGAUUGAGCAGUUAGAGGCGAAGGUUAAGAGAUUGAAAGAAGAAAAGAAGAAAUGGUUGGCGCUGAAGAAGUCCCGCACAGAAGCUCCGCCGCUGUUCCCAGAAACAGAUCCUGCACAAACAGAGAGAGCGGACGCUUCAGUACUCGACCCCAACGAGGCGCAGAUGCUUAGCUUCAUCACAAAUCCCUCCUCCUCAUUCGACUCUGUCCGUUCGAAGGCGCUUUCCAGCCUACAGACCAUGCAGUCAACCCUUGAGUUCAAGGUGGACCAACUCGCAGACGGCAUUCACAAGCUUUCGCAGCGGGUUGACACGGCAGGCCGAGAGGCGGAUAAGGUCCUUUCCCUCAGCGCCGCGCGACUUAAGGAACGAGAGACGCGAGAGAAGGCCACCGCCGGCACCAAAGAGAUGCCCGUCAUGGAAGUGCUCCGCAGUCUAGGGAGGAUAUUGCCAGAGGGCGGAGGCUGA